CAUCGUCUGAGGGGCGGUUAUUGAAAAGUUUUCAGGAAGCGAAACUUCUCCAACUGUGUCAGGAAGAGUUUUCCGCUCGUCUUUAAACUGUCUGACAGGCGCCUUUUGAGGGAAAAUGCAGAGCAGUGCCUACGGGGCCCCUUUGGCCGGCGGAUCCUUUGACAUAGGGAACUUUGUAAAACAGCCUCAGACUAUUUUGCGCUGCCUGAGCUGGCUAUUUUCCAUUGUGGUGUUUGCAACCAUCACAUCAGAAGGCUACGUGAACCCAGCAACAAAAGCAGACACCAAGUGCAUGUUCAACGAUAAUGACAGCGCAUGCAGCUACGCGGUGGGAAUUGGAGUCCUGGCCUUCCUGGCUUGUGUUAUUUUCCUUAUACUGGAUGCCUACUUUCCUCAGAUCAGCAAUGCCAAAGAGAGAAAAGUCAUUGUUAUAGGGGAUUUGGUCUUUUCUGCGGUUUGGACGUUCCUGUGGUUUAUCUGCUUCUGUGUUCUGGCCAACCAGUGGUCCAAGACCACCACCUCCACUGCUGUCAGUGGUGAUGCCGCCCGGGCUGUUGUGGCUUUCUCCUUCUUCUCGAUCAUUUCCUGGGCUCUUUUGACCUACUUUGCAUAUGGAAAGUAUCGCCAAGGAGUGAGUGACUUUGAGCCGGAGUACAGAGACCCAGCCAACGACCACAACACGCCAUACCCUGCCGGCCCGUACGCCAGCAGCGGCCCCACAGGCUACCAGCAGUCACCCUUCUCCCACAGCCAGGAGCAGCCAGGAGAGUACCAGCCUCCUGCUUACUGAAGGACUGAAAUUCCAACUCAUCAAACCAGCAAGGGGAGUUAAUAAAGACGUGUGCCAAUGGUUUCGUUUUCAACUCGGACUGUUCUCUGCACUCCCAUUUACUUCCUGCAGAACACGUUUGCAUAUUUUUGGGUGCACUGCUAUGUUUUUGGUUUGCUGCAUCACUUUAAGUUGUUUGUUGGAUGUUCGCUGUGCUGUUGUUCCACACAGCAGGUGUGAAAAUAUUACUGUUUUCAGAAGGUGGAAGUCUUGGUAAAGAGUGGAUAACCAUGCCAUUGUUGUCUUUAUACCAAAACCCCUCGAGAUGUUCCAGUGCCCUGUUUUUGUUUCAAUUUUGAGUGCAGUCAGAGAGCUCUCAAUUUCCAAGCAAUAAUCGACAAACAGGUUAGAAUUAGAGUUUCUUGGGGAAAUCUGCUUUGUGUUUAAAAUGUGGUGUUUAAAAGUUACUGUUUAAUACGUAGCAGGAUUUGUUCAUUGUUCUUAAAUUCAUUCACAGCAGGUCAGCUAAUUUAUCAGAAUAAUUCAGCACAUACUGUUUGACCACACAACAAACCAAUUUUAUUCAAUGAGUUGGUGCAUUAAAAAUAUUCCCUCUAUAACUACUGUAAUGCCAUUUUUAAAAAAAUUCUUUUUAAAUUAACCACUGAAAAAAAAAUGGCUUUGUGCACUGAAAAAUACAGAUCAUUUUUUGUUUUAAAUCCACUAGUUUUUACAGGUGUUCUGUUUUGAGGUAGUCAAACUAUUCUAUGUGCCUUUUUUUGACUACAGCCACACUUAUAUCAAUUUCAGCAAAGGUUUUAGCCAUAUUUGUAGGAAUUCUGUGACAAAAGUUGAUAUAUUUAUUAUCUUCCUUGAUCCUGUUAAAUCCAGGUACAUGACAAUCAAACCAUCAUCUAUUUCUGUCACUUUUUCCUGUUGCUUUUUCUGCUUCUUGCACUGCAGUUGUACAUUUGUACGCCUUUUUUUUUUUUUGUCAAUGGCUUUACAAUCAUUAAAGUGCCUUAUACAGUUUCCUGUAUCAGACAAGGUUUGCCAAAUAAACAUUUCUGGUUUUAAAGCUGGAA